AUGGAUAUGCUAGCGGUCCUAUACAAACUUCUUUCACCUCGACCUUCCGUACUUCGAUUUUCCUUACUUCGUUUCCAACAAGCUCAACAAGCUCAACAAGCUCAACAACCUCAAUACGAUUACGACUACGAAACAAAAGAGCAGAUUGGCUACGCAAAGCAAAUCGAAGAGUUACGAAAGGAGUUUGAAAGCAAUGCCGAAGAUCAGCAAGACGACGAUUACGAUAACGACGAUAACGAUUACGGCGAUGACGAUGGCUAUAAUAAUAAUUACGACGAUGGAUACGAUAAUAGCUACGAAACCGAUCUAAGAGCUAAAGUUAACGUUGUUAGCAAACGUUCCGUUUACGAAUACGAAAAGCUUCGCCGUCCUUAA